GUAAUUCUACGUCAUUAAUCAUUGUUAACAAACAACCAGGGCUGUCCUCUUGUCAGACAGUCUUUGUUUUCUAUUCAAACUCUCCCUCUUUCCCUUUUUAGAAUCAUUGUGCAAUCACCACCUCCCUUUAAAAAAACAUCUACAGAGAAAUAAGUCCCUCGUACAAUCUGGUUUAGGUUUAUUCUGGAUGUCAGCCUACAGUAUGUGCUACUGAAGCUGCUGUCUACACAACUUAAAUACAUUCUUGUAGAUAUGAAGAUUGCUUCGUUCAACGUACAGAGAUUUGGACUGAUGAAAGUCUCAGAUCCAGAUGUCCUGUCAGCACUGGUGAAGGUAAAACACCCGGAUUACUAAGUUAAAGAUCAGUUUUUUGGGGAGCAGCCAAAGGGAAGAUGAAUGACUGGUAUGAGGAAUGAAAUUGUGUCCCGGUACGACAUCAUAGUGAUUCUGGAGGUGGUGGAUGUGAGCGGCGCUUCUGUUAGACUCUUCUUGAGCGAACUGAACCGAGUCAACACAACUCAUCACUAUGCCCUGCAGCUCAGUAGCCGCCUGGGAAGAAACAGAUACAAGGAACAGUUUUUGUUUUUGUACAGGGAUGAUGUUGUCGAUCUGAUUGACUGCUAUCAAUAUGAAGACAAUCAGAUAAAUGACAUUGAUGUUUUUGCACGAGAGCCGUAUAUUCUCCACUUCAAACCACACAACACAGUGUUGAAGGAUAUAGUGCUGAUCCCGGUCCACACCAAACCGUGGGACUCAGAGAAAGAGCUGGAUGAGCUGUAUGACGUCUUCCUGGUGGUCAAAGACAAAUGGAAAACUGACAACAUCAUGAUCCUCGGGGAUUUCAAUGCCGAUGGUGUGUAUGUCACCCGUAAGGAAAUGGAGGCGAUCCGUAUUCGCAGCGACAAGAAUUUCCAUUGGCUGAUCGGUGAUGAUGUGGACACCACUGCAAAUACAUCCAACGAACACACCUAUGACCGGAUUGUUGUGUAUGGAGAAGAUAUGCUGGCAGCCAUAGUCCCAAACUCAGCCAAGCCAUUCAAUUUCCACGAAGGGUUUGCUAUGACAGAAGAAAUGGCUCUGAGAGUGAGCGACCAUUACCCUGUAGAGGUAGAACUAUGUCAUGCUCCUCCUUACUGGAUGGCAAAGAGCAACCAACGAUGUGAUAUUGUUGACACCCAGCGAGGAUCAGUCAACACAGCUGUCACAGAGAGUUUGCAGGUUGAUGUGUUGCAACUGCAGAAGGAAAACCUGCUGCUUGAGCGAGAAAAACUUCAACUCCAGAUCUCCUUGUUAAAACACCGUCUUGCCAAGAUCCACCUGAACACCUGACUAGAAGAUCUCAAAGACUGCUGCUGGAGUGACUUAUUUUUUACGAGCCAACUUCCUUGUUUUGUCAUUUACAGUCUCUGUGGACAGCAGGAAUGUAAAUAAUUAGAGGGAAUGCUUGGAAUUUGGGUGUGUUUCUUCAUAUUUUGUUUGACAUGUUUACAGCCAGGCACAAAAAACUAUAGCUAAUUUCCUCAUUCAUGAUACAUUUAC